AUGGCAGAGCAACACAUUAACAUCCCGACCCACCAGUUUUCCACGUAUGCAACAGUCAUCGAUCCACCGAGACAAGUGACUGCUACUCAUCCAGACGAAUUGGCAGUCACCUCUCCAGAUCAUCCUGCACCAGCUCCAAUCGCUUCCACUCCAGUUCGUGUACCGUACCCGUCCUCUGCUCCGCCGGCAGCUGUUCCUGCUCCUACACCUGCGCCACAGCCCUCUGCCGCGCCACCAUCUGCCCCAAAGAGAAUGGCUCUUGCUCCAUCGACCACCAAAAACUACAAGCAGAAACGGACUUUCAAGGUGGAUGUUUUCUUUGACUUUCUUCAAAUUUCCAAUUUUUAGGUGAUCAUAGUGGGAAAUGCUGCAGUCGGAAAGACGUGUCUCUCCUUCCGUUUCUGUUGUGGACGGUUUCCGGAGCACACAGAAGCAACGAUAGGAGUGGACUUCAGAGAGCGAAGUUGUGUCAUCGAAAACGAAUUACUAAGAGUGCAAUUGUGGGACACUGCGGGACAAGAGCGUUACCGACAGUCGAUUGUGGCUCAUUACUAUCGGAAUGUGAACGCCGUCGUGUUCGUUUACGAUGUGACAUGGUACGCUGCCGUUAGAAUUCGGGAAUCUUCCUUUUUCCAGCAGAGAAUCCUUCAACGAUCUGUCAUUGUGGAUAAAGGAAUGCGAGAAGCACGGACUUGUCGGAGACAGCGAGGUUGAGAUUGCAUUUUGUUAAUCUGUUUUUGAAUUUGCUGUUCCUACAGGUGCCACGCAUUCUUAUCGGCAACAAGUGCGACGUGGAAAGUACGAACAGAGUUUCCACGGACGAGGCACAGAUGUUCGCCGAUCGCAACAACAUGGCGUUGUUCGAGACGUCUGCAAAAUCGGCAUCGGAAGCGGAUCACGUGGAAUCGAUCUUCCUGACUCUUCUUCACAAACUACAACAAAGCAAGCCAAUGCACGUGCAAUCUCACGAUGAACGUCAUCAAAAAGAGCAAGAACGGCUGAUUCUGAAGGCUAACGAAGCUGCGAAUCUGGAGGAGGAGGGAUACUGUUGCUAA